AUGGAAUUUGAGGAUUACUUUCCAUCCAUGAUUGCACGUUUUGGAGCAGAAGGGUUUAUAAGUGAACUUUGCAAUGGGUUUCGUUUGCUUAUGGAUGUGAACAAAGGUCUUAUAACAUUUGAGAGCUUGAAGAUGAAUUGCUCCAUACUUGGUUUGGAGGUUAGGGAUGAUGAGCUAGUUUGCAUGCUAAUGGAAGGUGAUUUGGAUGGAGAUGGUGCUUUAAAUCAAAUGGAGUUUUGCAUUCUCAUGUUUAGGUUGAGUCCAUGUUUAAUGGAUGGACCUAAAAUGUGUAAUACUAUUACUACUGAUCAAGGUGUGGAUCCUAUGUUAAUGCGAUGUAACUCUUCUAUCUAA